UAAAUAAAUAAAUAAAGCCUUUUGAGGGCCUCUCCAGAUUUUGGCAGAACCCUUUUAGUUCAUGACCUGUGAGAGAGUGGAGGAGUGCUAAACCCAGCGGUCACUAGGGGGACUUGGACUGAAAAGACAGCAUAAUUAUGCAAGACUUUUAUGCCUGAGCCUCGCAGGCCCCAGGUUCAAUCUCCAACACCACCAUAAGCCAAAGCUAUGUAGUGCUCUUGUCAAAAAAUAUAACAACCACGAAGCAGUGUUUUAUGCCAAGUAAUGCUGUUGAACUGGCAGCCCUGGGCACUAGAAUGGCAGAACCUCUUGCCUGAAGAUAACACACCUGGAUCCCCAAUUUGUCUUUACCUGUAACACCCAGUUGUCCCCUACCUUCUGGAGCAAGGCAAUCACAGCUGUUGCUCCUCUUCCAUGGAUUGCUGCUGCGAUUUGAAUAACCAAGCAGGCUGCUGGAUGUCUGGUGACUGACUGAUUUGCCUAGCAAACCGACCCUCAAGUCCUUCCCCUGUAGAACUUUGGAAAGACAUUUGACCUCCCCACCUUUUUUUUUGAGUUGGGGUGGGGGUGUCUGUGUUUCCUCUUCUAACCCCCAUGAGCUCCUCAGGCUUCUCUCUCACCCUUGCUGGACCUUUCUUGGUCCUUGUGCUUCUCUACCCUGGAAGCUGAAGAGUGUCUCCAGAAACAAAGCACAGCAGAGCGGGAGGCCCAGCUGGCCCCAACAUAGAAGUAACUGGAGCCAGCUAGGUCUGUUCCUGGGGCCUGUCAUGAAAUUUGCAUGGAGAGAAUGUGCUCCUGCGUGUCUUCCCCCCGCCCUUCCCACCUGGGAGAGUCCUCCAGGGGCAGAGGUCUGACAGUGGGCAGAAGAGCAGUCCAGUGUGCCAAGCCAUUUCUCCAUCCUCAGACGUGAUGCCCCGUGCCUUCCUGGUCAGGAGUCGGCGUCCGCAGCCACCCAACUGGGGGCACCUGCCUGACCAGCUCCGAGGAGACACCUAUGUGCCAGGUGGGGCCAGCACUGGGUCUGGAAGUGAGGGGCAGGGGAGACAAAGCAUCAUACCCUUCUGUUUUCUCUCCUCAGACUGCAGCAACCUUGGGGGGCAACCCACACACCAACCUUCCAGCCUUGGGGACACUUGGGCAGUGCCCAUGAAGGGCACUCUGGCUGCCACCCCCAGGGGCUCUGGGACACUUGGCUGCCCACUCUGCCCCAAGGCCUUCCCACUGCAGCGCAUGCUGACUCGGCACCUCAAGUGCCACAGCCCUGCCCGCCGUCAUGUGUGCCGCUGUUGUGGCAAAGGUUUCCAUGAUGCUUUUGACCUCAAGCGCCACAUGAGAACUCACACAGGAAUCCGGCCAUUCCGCUGUGGAGCUUGUGGGAAAGCAUUCACGCAGCGCUGCUCACUGGAGGCACAUCUUGCCAAGGUGCACGGGCAGCCUGCCAGCUACGCUUACCGGGAGCGUCGUGAAAAGCUGCAUGUGUGUGAGGACUGUGGCUUCACCAGCUCCAGGCCUGACGCCUAUGCACAGCACCGUGCCUUGCACCAGGCCACCUGAAACAGCACCCUGAUUCCUACCCAAGAGAGGCAAAUAAAUAU